ACACGGAUUCAAGGUUAUGCAAGCCGCGAGCGUGAGCGAGCGAGGUGAAUAAACGACGACAAACCGCUGCUGGCGCACACAACAGUACACAUACACCCGACACAGGGUGUACCGCGUGAGCAGAACGGGUCAUAGAGAAAAACAGUUUGCGUGGUGUGGUUUACAAACAAACAGUAACCAAGAUAUCGCGCGCGAGAUGGAAACGGCGACCGCAACGAAGGACCCCAUCACGACGAUGCGUAACGUAGAGAUCAAGGCGCGACUAGCCGGCGAGGAAGGGUUCGAGCGGCGCAUCGCAAUCGCUAGGCAGCUGACCGGUACCGACGGUGAACUGAUCGUGCAGAAAGAUGUGUUCUUUAACGUUUCCAGUGGACGGCUGAAGCUGCGCUAUCUUACGCACAAAAAAUCUGAGCUGAUAAGCUACGAUCGGCCGGAUGUGGCUGGACCGAAACUUUCCCAGUAUGAGCUGCUCGAGCUGGACGAUCCGGAGCGACUGGAACGCAUGCUGGCCAGUACAGUGGGUGUUCGGGGUCGCGUGGCCAAGCGGCGACACCUGUUCCUGCACGAACAAACGCGCAUCCAUUUGGAUGCGGUCGACGGGUUAGGUCACUAUCUCGAGUUCGAGACGGUCUUGCGGCCGGAACAGUCCAGCGAGGAGGGCCAACGCAUCGUCGACACGAUGAUGGCCCGAUUCGAGAUUAUGCCAGACGAUCUGGUCACCGGUGCCUACAUGGAUCAGCUGUCGGGUAAAUAGAGCGUG